GUUUCGGUGCCGCGUGAGUCUCCAUCGGAGAGAAAGAUUGGUUCGUUUUAGUUUUCCUUGCGUGAAUCAGCCACAUAUCGCACAAUGGGCCACCAUCCCGAGCCACCGGUAAUGAUUUCGGAUAAGCUGCCGGAAUCGUUACGUAAGAAGAUGAUAACGUUCCAGGCAAAGAAUGAGCUACCAGUCUUCCUGAAAGGCGGACCCGCGGACAAGGCGCUUUUCGGCAUCACUGUGGCGCUGUGUGGCGUAGGUCUGCUGGGAAUUUUCAAAAUGAUCUACGAUUUGGGCUUCGCCAAGAAGAAGGCCUAAGAAUGUUGGACAGCAGUGAAUGAAUGUGUUACGACCGAGUAGAGCACACAGAGAUAACCGUUGGAAAAACCAUUGAGCUCUAUCGUCCACUAAAACAUUAAGACAAUGGCAGCA